UACAGUUCGCAUUGUGAACCGAGUCGAGUCCCUCUGCUUCUCUGCUUGUUGUUAGUAAACAAAGUUAUUAAUCAAUAUUGAACACAGCUGUGUUAUUGUUAUCUACCUACCUACGCAAGACAAAUCUGUAGAGAAUUUACAUUGGAUUUCUUUCUUCUCAUUGUUCUGAUGAACGUGUCGUUACAGCGCGCAAAAUACACCAUCUACCUAUCCCUCCUCCUCCUACAUCAUACCCGCAUGUCCACUUCUGUUAGUACGGUACGGAGUAAGCCACCAACGGGGAGGCUUGGCCCUACGCUCUAUCUCCAUACCCAGACCAGCCAAUUUGCCCAUUCUCCCUAACACAACUCGCUUAGCAAGAAUGCGUUAGGGAAUGCGUACUGUGUACUAGCAAGACCCCUGAAUAGGGCGGGAUGCAUGAGCUGGUUGAAACUACGUUUUAUUUUCUACAUCUGUAUUGUUUCUAGUUGUGAGAAAGAAGGCUGUGCUGAUUGAUGGGAUAAUCCGAUAGGGAAUAUUGUGUGAUGGGGAAGCGAAAUUAUGAGUGGUGAUCUUGGGCGAAGAAUGUCGAUCUGGGGGGGAGAGUGGAGUUCAGUGAGGCCUUGUUGAAAGUAUGAAUGGAAUAAAGUAAAGAAGGUGAUGGAAAGAGAAGAGUGGGAGAUGAGGUUCAGAUUUAGACAUCUGUAUCUAUGGGAACGACGGGGGUGAUCGAAUGAAUAUAUACGAAUUUUACGUUCCGAACACAAAUGAAACUCGAGAUUUGAAACCACAUCAAUCAAGCCAACAACGCCUAAACCCAUAACAGCCAUCUUCCCGGUCAUUGAUAAGAAGAGACGCGAUUUCAUACUCCCUACAGCAUCGUGGCAAAGAGUCUGUACCAUGUGAAAUAACCUUUUUCGGCGUUAAAAGUCAUAGCGAAUCUUUUGACGUCCAAGCUAGAAGUAUCAAAAUUGCUUCUAGCGCGCUCUUAUCUCUGGCUCGUGAUCUUCCAUUUCAUCUUAGAAACGUGCUCCCGGAAAUGUUAAUUUUUGGUAUACAAGAAUAAACUUCCCACUGAAAGUUGGCUAUUUUACUCAUCCUCUCAUCUUGCAUUUCAUGUGCUAUCUCUCCAAAAUUCGCCCCGAUCGCCAUCCCGUUAAUUAAAUUCGCUGGUGCGCUUAAUACUUCCUUCGUUCGAGCCUAUCAUGAUAUAAGAAUUGUCGGUACAUGCACGAGAAUUCUCUUGCAGAAUAUUGCAUAGGGGAACCGUGAAUAAAAAACGACUGAGAAACACGAAAUGCACUCACUAUUGGUGGAAUCGGCGACUUGGUUCCCGUUUGUGGUGUUGAUUCUAAUCCUCAGAUAUAUUUCGAGAUGGCUACAACUUGGGUCGGUAAAGAAUUACCAACUACAAGAUUAUGUUAUGCUCGUUGUGUUUCUCUUCUACACUACUCUCAUGGUAUCUAUAAACAUUGUAUUCAAUUUAGAUACAAAUCUCAUCUCACCAGCUGAUAUUCCACAACUCACUCCUGAAUCAAUUGCAUCUCGUGUGAAAGGCAGCAAACUCGUGCUCGUAGUGGAACAGUCAAUGAUCAUGACUAUUUGGGGUGGCAAAGCUUGUUUGUUGUUAAUGUAUAUGCAGAUGAUGCAGGGUAUUAAACCCCACAAUUUCAUUGUAAAACUAGUCGCCACAUACGUGGGUACAAGCUUGGUGGUCAUGGAGGUUCUUUAUUUUGGGGUAUGGUGCAGACCAUUCUCAAACUAUUGGGCAGUCCCUACUCCGAAUGAACAGUGCUCAACAGCUCUUCAUCACUUGAUAGUAAACGCAACAUUCAACAUCAGUUCCGAUCUCAUGAUGUUGUUUCUACCAAUGCCGAUGGUCAUCAAGGCACAGCUCCCUACCCUGAAGAAAGCGCUUCUCAUCAGCGUCUUCUCCCUUGGCACGUUUGCCAUCAUAUCUGCUGCAGCUAAUAAAUAUUAUUCCUUCGUGCAUCCUUUUGGUGUGAUGUGGACCUACUGGUAUAUAAGAGAAGCAUCAACUGUGAUGCUCGUGACCAAUAUACCGAUGUGUUGGCCAUUGGCAAGAAAACUAUUUGGUUGGAGAUCGUGGUCUGGAACUAGUGAAGGCACCAAGUCAAAGAGCAGAGCGGCUCCUAAGAGAUACUUCACCAACGCGACCAGUUCAAGAUUCGGGAACAAAAGAGACAACUCGAUGUAUAGAAGUGAAAGUAGAGAUGUAAUAAUACACGGAAGUACACAAGAUGGUUCAGCAAUAGGGCUGGAAAUAUGGGAAAGUAGGGAAGUGAGUGUAAAAACUGAGCAAAAGAACCCCAGAGAAGAACGUAUCAAGAAUACAACAGCCGUCACUGUCAUUGGGUCGAGAGGCAGUUCGGGCGAACAAGAACAAGGAAGGAGUAAUUCGAGAACAGAGAGUCGACAAGAUAUAGGCCAUGCAGUAUAAUUGUCUACUUAGAAAUGAAAUAAAAAUGUAAUAGACAAAAUCCAGGGUUAGAGAGCUUUAGAUUCAUAUACAUCGUGAUAUUUAC